AUGAAUAGCUGCGCUCCCCUCCGCUCCCAGCCACUUGCUUCCCUCCCGGCCUUCCCUCUCAUUCAGAGCCCCGGCAUCCUCCCCGGCAUCCUCCGGCAGCGCCGAUGCUGAGCAUGGAAAGUUUCGCAGGGGCGAGAGCCCUGGGCGAGGAAUCGCUGCAGAUGUGGGACCUCAACAAGAGGCUGGAGGCGUACCUGGCCCGCGUGAAGUUCCUGGAGGAGGAAAACGAGGUGCUGCGAGCCGAAAUCCAGAGUGCCAAGGGCAGCCCCGCCGGGGACUCGUGGCGGGCAAAGUACGAGGAGGAGCUGCGAGCCCUGCGGGAUGCACUGGACCAUGCCUUCAGGGAGAAGUGCACGGCCGAGCUGGCCAGGGACAACCUCUACGAGGAGGUCCAGCAGGUGAAAAGCAGGUGCCAGAAGGAGCAGGCAGCCCGAGAAGAAGCCAAGAAGCAGCUGUCCUUGAGCAGGAAGGAGCUGGAGGAGGAGAGGAGAGCGCAGAUCUGGCUGAAGGAGAGAGCCGUGCAGCUGGAGAAGGAGGUGGAAGCCUUGCUGGAGGUGCACGAGGAGGAGAAAGCAGGGCUGGACCAGGAGAUCGCGAGCUUCUCGCAGAGCCUGGAGAGCUUCCGCUGCGCGCCAGUGGCUUUCCAGCCGGUGGAGGUGGAGGACUACUCCAAAAGGCUCUCGGAGAUCUGGAAAGGGGCGGUGGAGACCUACAAGACGGAGGUGUCACAGCUGGAGGGUUCCCUCUGCCAGGCCAAGGAGAACCUCUGGAAGGCAGUGGAGGACAACCAGCAGAGCCAGCUGCAGCUGCAGCACCUGGAGAAGGACCUGGCGGGGCUCAAAGCACGCAAGGAGAUGCUGGAGGAGAGCCUGGCCCGGCAGUGGCAGGAGCAACGGGGGGAGGCAGAGAAGUUCCAGCUGGCGAUGGAGGCCCUGGAGCAGGAGAAGCAGACGCUGCGGGUGCAGAUCGCCCAGGUGCUGGAGGACAGGCAGCAGCUCAUGCACCUCAAGAUGUCCCUCAGCCUGGAAGUGGCGACCUACAGGACGCUGCUGGAAGCAGAGAGCACCCGCUUGCAGAUGCCAGCCGGGGAAUACAAGCUGGCCAACGGCUUGCGAGAUCUCAAGCUGGAGGUGAGCAGCGGCAGCAAGCUGGCCCCGGUGAGCGCCGAGGCCAGGCGGCUGCUGCCCCGGGACCACCGCACCAGCCCCUCCAUCUUCCCCAGGGCAGAGGGGAGGGGGCAGCCAGCAAAAGCCCAAAGCAACGCCCUGACACCCAAAAGCCAGAGCCCCGGUACCAGGGAGCUCCAGAAAAUCAGCUCGGUCCUUCAUGCCACGGCACCGCAGGCUGCCAGCAUGGCCAGGGAGACGGGUGCCCCCAGCCACCCCGCACCGAGCCCCUCGCAGCCUGGCAAAGCCGCCCCUUCUCUCUCCCCAGAGCCCCCCAGCCCCGUGCCACCAGAGCCGGGGAGCCUGGGGGGAGAGGGUCCCGCCUGGCCAGGGGGAGAUGGGGGUGAGACGAGCCAAGGGAAGGAGCAUCCUCUGCUCGGAGCCACGGCAGAGACCCACGACGCCAGUGCCGAGCCCCCGGGAGUGGCGCCCACCUGCAGCCUGCGGUACCCAGCCCAGCUGGUCAGCGAGGUGCUGGAGGAUGCUCUCAAAGAAAUGAAAGACGAUGCUCAGCCCAAAGAAGAGCCCACACUCAGCGCUGCGUGGGCCCCCCGGGAUGCCUGCGCCCCCAGCCCCGUUCCCCUCCCAGAGGCUUGCAGAGGGGCCAGGGAAGGGCAAGACCCCUCCGAGGGUGCCGGGGCCGGGGAAGCCCCCGAAGAGGAGGAGAGGGCUGGGGAAGCCGUGCUCCAGGAGCUGGGUGCAGAGAGCAGCGCUCUGCGGGACAGAGCUCUGUCCCCGCCAGGACUGCAUCCCUGCGGCACGGCUGCUUCCCUCAGUGCCGCGGUGAGCCGGGAAGAGAUGGGAGCGUGGGAGGAGGAGGAGAUGCCCACCGUGCUGAGCCCAAGGGAACCAGAAGUGGUGGCCCAGGAAGAGGACAUGAACAGCCCUGGCCAGACGGGGACUGGCUGGGAAGAGCCAGAGCGAGGGGAGGACGAGGUGGAGAUCCCAGGCAUGGAGGCAUCACACCCCUCGGAGGAUGAAGAGGAGAGGGGACCCCGCAGCCCCUGCGGGGAGGACGGCGAUUUCCAGGGUGAAGAGAUGGAUGCACAAGAAGUGGAGUCCCCGCAAAGGGAAAUUGAAGCUACUCGUGCUGUCCCUGUGGAAAGCCACCUGGUUUUGCCCAUGGAAAGUCACCUGGAAGAGGGGCUUGUUGAUAGAGAGCAGGAAAAAUUUGAGCAUCAGGAAAUGCCUGUGUGCGAGAUGGAUCUGGCUGCAGAGGAGGAAAGUGGCCAGGAGACGUGCCCAGGGCAGGAGACAUGCCCGGAGCAGGAGCCCUCGAGCAUCCAUGAGGCCAUCCCAGCAGAAGAGGCUUCAUCGGGGGCUGAGGAAGAUGCCAUGGGAGGAGAGGACCCAGGUAGAGCAAAAGAUGGUGAGGGAGAAAAGGGAGAGGCCAGCGGGGAGGCGCUGGGAGGAGAUCCCCAGGCAGGAGAGGCUGUGGGACCUGAAGCCAUGGGGCAGGAGAGCAGAGCCCAGGAGGAGCCUGGGGACCUGCAGGAAAGUGGCUUUGUAGAAGAGGUGCUGGAGCAGGAGGAGCUGGAGCCAGAGCUGGGACAGGAGCCCUGGCGUGGGAGGGACGAUGGCAACAGCCAAAAGCCCCAUCCAGAGGACUGGAAGGUGACAGCAGAGGACACAGAGGGGGCUCUGGGGCCAGAAGAGCCAGCCUGGGCAGAUGACACCCCUACGGGUGCAGGAGGGCUGGAAAGCGAGGGCAGACACAGCAUGUCACCAGCAGAGCUGGAGGAGACCCAGGAAGAUGAUGAAGAUGCCGAAAGCCAGGGGAUGAGCCAGGAGCAGCCACUGCUGGAGGCUGAGCCGGCACCGGGGCUGGUGAGGGAUGAGCAGGAGGGCACCGCGGGGCAGCCCACAUGGGCACCCACGGAUGCCCCCGGGCAAGGGGACAGCCAGGAGCCGGCCGAGGCUCCGGAGGAGUCAUGGGAGGUGCAGGAUGAGGAUGCUGACGAUGAGCUGGGCUCAGAGCCGGGGCAGCUGGAGAGCAGCAGCACCGGCCACACGGCACUUCAGCAGGUGGCGGGUGCCGGCGCCGAGGGCGGUGAGUCGGCGGAGGAGGAUGCUGGGCGAUCGGGAGAGCUGGAGCAGGCGCUGGGGACGGGCAGGGUGGUGGAGCUGGAGGACACGCUGCCAGACAGCACGCCCUUGCACCUCUACGAAGGGGAGAUGGUGGCUGUAAUCGCACCCGGCCAAAACCCUCCAGAGACUGAGGAGACCACAGAGAUGGCCCCCACAUCCGAAAUAGCUGCGGAGGAUGAAGGAUGGCUGGAAGGUGGGGACAAGCCACCAACUCCCACCGUGCCAGAGAGCCACGAAGAGGAGGCAGGGAUUGAGGUAGCCCCUGCCGUAGAGGGUGCUGAGGAGGAGGAAGGCUAUUUCAUGGUCUCUGCUCCCAACCAAGAGAUGUCCAGCUCGGAGGAAGCCGAAAUCUCUGAGGACUUUGAAGAAAUCAAAGUUGAAGCAAUCGAAGCCAGCAAAGAUGAUCUGGAAGCUCCUGGAGAAGCAUCUCCGGUGCCACAGGACGAAGGGCACUUUGAGGGGUUUGUUGGUGAAGCAGGUGAAGAUGUGACGAUGCCCACAGAAGAACCUGAGAUGCCAAAGGAUGAGGAUGAGGAGGAUGCUGGGGGUUUUACUGCCGAGCUGGAGGAAGGUCAAGCUGUGCCCGAGGCAGAUCCCCAGUCCCCUGGGGCCGUGGGGCCCUUAGCAGGAGAUGCUGAUGAGCCGGCCGAGGGUGCCGCGGGCUCCGACGUACAGGAGGGACCAGGGUGCUCGGAGGGCUUGGCCACCGAAUCGGUCGAGGAGCCUGACGGCACGGUGGAGCCGGAGAGCGAUGCCAGCAGAGCCGAAACGCUCCCAGGCUGUGACCUGGGGCUGGUGGGGCAGCAAGAGGAAGAGGAAGAGGAGGAGGAGGAGGAGCCCAUCCCUCCGGUUGGGCUUCAGGCCCAGGUGAUGGCAGUUUCUCUACUGCCUGACCAAGCAGAGCAGACAUCGGAUGAGCAGCCGUCUGUGGAGGAGGAAGCACCGGACGGUGACAGCCCUCCCCUGGCCGGGGACGAGGAGCCCCCCGAGGCUGACCCACCUCAGCCAGGCUCCGCAUCGGAGCAGGGAGGUUUUCUGGAGGUGAUUAAGGAACCCCCAGAGGUGGAUGACCUCUCUGUAAAGAUGCCGGCAGACGUCAUGAAAGACUCUGAUAUUUUGGAAAUAGUUGAGCAAGCCCUGGAGUUCAACCAGGAGGUGGUGAUGGGGGCGAGGGCGGCCGAGGGUGGGCAGCGAGAUCCCGGCAGGACCGAGCUACACCAGGACACCGGGGAAGACUCCUUGCCCACCUCAUCCAGCGAGGAGGAGCCGACGGUGCAGGAGGUACCAGCAGAUGCAGCACCGGGGACAGAGGGUCCGGUUCGGGCUGAGAACGGGCUGCACCGGGAGGCCAGCCUGGAGGACCUGACCGAAUUCACUGAGGAGGUGCUGAACGGCAUCGCCGGCGUGCCACCGGCACGGGAGUUCCCUGCGGAGACCACAGACCCCACCGCGGUGAUGCCACCGCAGCUCCCUGCUCCCGGAGAUGCCACCCCGCGUGGCAAGCACGGCGGGGCCGACACCGUCCCCAUGCCGUCCUCUUUGGGGGAUGACGUCUUGUGCCUCGCGCCUGACCAGCCGCCAGCGUGCCGGCUGAGAGCCGAGCAGGAGCCCUGGUCCUCGGGGGACGAGUGACGACGGCGGGGGGGGACCCCUCCGGUAGCCCCCUCCCUGCCAAAACCCAGUACCCUCACUUCUCCCACCCUCCCAUCUAACGCUUCUCCAUCUCCUUAUGAUUUUUAACAUAUUUGUGUGGAGUUUUUGCACCCCUUUUCAGAGUGAAGAACCACCAAGCUCAGUUCCUUCCCCCCCCCCCGCCAGCUCCCCAAAUUUGCAUGCUUGCUCUGGGACCCCAGCCUCAUUUUGUGCCCCCUCUGGGUGGGUUGCUGUGGCUGUAUUUAAUUUAAACCCCAUGUUUCCCCCUUCCCUGUGAUCUCCUCCUUUCAUCUCCCCCCCACCCCAGCACAACCACCCCAGGAAGACCAGCUGGAGGCUGGGACCCCAACACGCUGCACCCCGGGACCCAGUGCCUUGGGGCAAGGGCACCCCGGGGUCCCCAGCCCCAACCCGCCGAUGCUCGCGGGGCUGACCCACGCCUUGACGUUAAUUUAAUAAAGCCUCAUCCUCCUGCUUGGA